CCUUUUCAAAACUGAUCACUGGGCAGACUCAGAAACAGACACUGGGAUCCACUGGAAAAGGCAACAUGAAAGAAGCUGACAAACCACGUGCUGAGGACAAAUUCUGCUGCAUUUCAAAGCUGAAAGUAUUUCUGCUGGCCUUAUCACUUGCAUUUCUUGGCAAAACAAUGGCUGCUGCUUACAUGAGCAGCAUGUUCACACAGAUAGAGAAACAAUUUAAUAUUCCAGCUUCUCUGGUGGGGAUCAUUAAUGGAAGCUUUGAAAUUGGCAACUUGCUGCUGAUAGCAUUUGUGAGUUACUUUGGAGCAAAGCUUCACAGACCCAGAAUAAUUGCGUUGGGCUGCGUAGUUCUCUCAUUUGGAUGCCUUUUGAUAUCACUUCCUCAUUUCCUUUUUGGAAGGUAUCAUAUUGAAAGCAGUAUUUCACCAUCGGAGAAUUUUUCAGUCAUGCCUCUGUGCUUUGUUAACCAAAGCUUGUUCUCUUUACCUACAGAGGAACCAUCAACAGAAUGUAAAAAAGAGCCUGGGUCCUUGCUGUGGAUAUUUGUAAUGGUUGGAAACAUAGUGCGAGGAAUGGGUGAGGCUCCCAUUAUGCCUUUAGGCAUUUCAUAUUUGGAGGAUUUUGCCAAAGCAGAGAAUUCACCUUUCUACCAGGGAUGUCUACAUACAGCAACUGUAGUUGGGCCUUUCCUUGGUUUCUUGCUGGCAUCAUUCUGUGCAGAACUGUUUGUUGAUCUGGGAUCAGUGGAUGCAGAGGAUGUAACUAUUGCAAUUACUGAUGCCCGUUGGGUUGGAGCAUGGUGGCUGGGCAUUUUGAUUUGUGCAUCAGUGAAUCUUCUAGCAGGAAUACCUUUUUGGUUUUUGCCUAAGUCACUUGUGAAGGAAGGAGAAACCAAUGAACCUGAGGAGAUGAAUGAAAAAAGUGCAAUACAAUUGCAAGAAAAUGAUAAAAAUGAAGCCAAACAAUCCAUGUAUGAAAUUGCUAAAGAUUUCAUCCCAUUCCUCAAGGGUCUGUUUCACAAUCCAGUUUAUAUGUUAUUUAUAUGCAUAACCAUAUUACAGUUCAGUGCCUUUGAUGGCAUGAUAUAUUUCAUGCCCAAAUAUUUGGAACAGCAGUUUGGAAAAUCUGCAUCGGAUGCCAUCUUCUUAAUUGGUGUUUACAACUUACCAGUUGUGUGCGUUGGGUAUUUUUUUGGAGGCUUAUUCAUGAAGAAAUUCAAGAUAAAUAUCUAUCAGGCUGCCAACAUAGCAUUUUUCGUAUCUUUACUGGAAUACCUUCUCUACUUUGCUGCCUACUGGACUGUCUGUGACACUUCACCAGUUGCUGGCCUAACAGUUUCCUAUGAAGGAAUAGAACAAGUUUCAUAUGGAGAAAAUACUCUUCUGGCUGACUGCAACAAGGAUUGUGAUUGCCAUCUAAAAGUAUGGGACCCUGUUUGUGGGAACAAUGGAAUCACUUAUGUGUCACCUUGUCUUGCUGGGUGUAAAGCCUCAAGAGGAACUGGAAAAAGUGUGGUAUUUGAAAACUGCACCUGUGUUGCAGCCUCAGGGUUUUCACCUCAAAAUGCCUCUGCAAUUCUGGGCCAGUGUGAUGGAGAUAAAAACUGUGGCAAGAUGCUUCAUUAUUUUUUAAUAUUGUCAUUAGUCUGCAGCUUCAUUUUUUCUUUAGCUGCCAUGCCUGGGUACAUGGUCCUCAUAAGGUCUCUAAAGCCUGAAGAAAAGUCAUUUGGAAUGGGUAUCCAUGAGCUAUCUUCAAGAGUAUUUGCUGGAAUUCCAUCUCCCAUUUUUUUUGGAGCUUUGAUAGAUACUACUUGCUUGAAGUGGGGUACUGUGACUUGUGGUAGAGAAGGAGCAUGUAGGAUGUAUGACAUUGUCACAUACAGGUGGCUUUAUCUUGGCCUGCCAGCACUAUUACGUGGAGUGUCCUAUAUCCCAGGUGCACUAGUUCUCCUUAUUUUAAAGAAAAAACUUAAAACUGAAAGCCAAGUCUUAUUAAAUGCACCAGUAGAAAUGCAGAAUAAAGAACAAGAAGCACUGAAAUAGCAUUUCAAAGCAGGACAUACUGUGGAAAAAAGCUUGCCAUGUAAAUUUUGGAUAUAUUAUUGUGAAAGAUUUCAUACUUUAACUAGUGAACACUUGGAGAGAUAAAUAGAACUACACAUAUUGAAUCCAAAUUAUAUUUUUAAAGUAUCAGCUAAUAAAGAGAAAUUAGAGGAAAAUAUAUUUUGGUGAAAAAGAACAAGGAGUAGAAAAAGAAAAAUUUGUGAAAUGCUAGGUUUUAAGUUGCCUGAGCAAAGCCUGUGAAGCAGAAACAUACUUUCAGUUCUGGUUUCACUGAACAUAGUGAGAGUUUUGAAACUGAACUCCAGUGAUGCCAGAUUUCAUCCUGGAAUUUUCCAGCAACUUCUGCCAAAGCCUCUCUUAAUGGCUAUAGAGAGGAUAUGCAGUUCAUUUGGGCCUGAGUUUUCCAUAUUUAUUUUUACUUAUGCUGUUAAUCCUUUUAGGCAGGAUCUGUUUAUUACUAAUCAAGGUGUUUGUGGUCAAUAUGUUGGGAAUCUGACAUGGUCUGGAUGUUUUGGUAAUAACAAAUAAA